AUGAUGCGUGUGAGCUGGGAUGCAGAUUUGGCCAAAGUUGCUAAAGAAUGGGCGCAGAAGUGUAAGUUUGAACAUAACCCUGAUCUGAAUGUCCCCCAAAAGUUGCACCCUACCUUCUCUGCAGUGGGAGAGAAUCUCUGGAUUGGCUCAAUUGGAGCAUUUUCUGAAAAUUCUGCCAUCAAAACAUGGAAUGAUGAGGUAAAAAACUAUGACUUCCAGAGUAAGAAAUGUACUCGGGUGUGUGGUCAUUAUCCUCAGGUGGUCUGGGCAGAUUCUUACAAGAUUGGCUGUGCAGUUUAAUAUUGCCCCAAAAUUGCUCAGUCUUUCAUUACCAAUGGAGCAGUUUUUGUGUGUGACUAUGGACCAGCAGGAAAUUAUCAUCAUAUGCAGCCCUACAAGGAAGGACAACCCUGCAGUGCCUGUAAAGAAGAUACCUGUGUGGAUCAGCUGUGUGCAAAUCCAAAGCGGGAUGGAGAGGCUGCAAGUCCCAAGCCACAUACUGAAUCAGCCACACGCAGCCACAAAUUUUUUUUUCUUCUGAUCUUGGUGCCAAUUUUUGCUAUACUGGCUAUUAUAUUGGCCAUUGUGACAAAGCGUUAUUGCGCAAAGUAAAUCAUUUCUGAAUAAAUUAAAUCAAAGGGGAUGAUGGGAUAAUAUCUUUUUAAAUGUCUAAACAACAAAAGAUUUGUAAUUCUGAAAGGGAAAUCCACUCAUCAGAUUGCCAAAGUUGACAAAUAAGAAUAAUGACAACUUCUGUAGGGACUUCUGGAAAACAAAUAUAUUGAAGCAUUGAUGGUACAGUGACUUGGUUUAGACAUCUAAAG